AUGCCCCGCAUUCUACUGACAGGAGGCAGCGGCUUCAUCGCCGCCCAUGUCCUAGACACGCUGCUGCAGCGCGGCCACUCCGUCGUCACCACUGUGCGCUCGCCCGAGAAGGCCCAGCGGAUCCGCGACGCCCACCCGGGCGUGCCGCCGUCCACCCUGGACUUUGCCAUUGUGCCGGACAUCGCGCAGCCUAACGCGUUCGACAAGGCGGUGGUGUCGGAGCCGCCGUUUGACAUCGUCAUACACACUGCCAGCCCGUUUCAUUUCCGCGCCACCGACGUGGAGGAGGAGCUGCUGAAGCCGGCCAUCAAUGGCACCGUGGGCAUCCUCCACGCCAUCAAGAAGCACGCCCCGACGGUCACGCGCGUCGUGAUCACGUCGUCGUUCGCCGCGAUCAUCGACGUGAACAAGCCGGCGAGCUAUGUAUACACCGACGACGACUGGAAUCCCAUAAAGAGAGAGGAGGCCGCGAGUAACGCGCGCACGGGCUACCGCGCCAGCAAGACCUUCGCCGAAAAAGCCGCCUGGGAUUUUAUCGAGAAAGAGAAGCCCAACUUCACGCUCGCCACCUGCAACCCGCCGCUGGUCUCGGGCCCGGUGGUGCACUACCUCGCGUCACUCGACGCCAUCAACACGUCCAACGAGCGCAUCUGCCAGCUAGCUUCAGGCCCCGGCGACGCGAUGGCGGCGCGCUGGCCGGCCGACGAGGGCACGCUGUGGGUGGACGUGCGCGACAUCGCGCUGGCGCACGCGCUGGCGGCCGAGAAGCCCGCGGCGGCCAACCAGCGCUUCUUCAUCGUGGCCGGCAACUUCAGCAACGCCGAGAUCGUGCGCUGCAUCGCGGACGGCGUGCCGGCGCUGCGGGCGCGGCUGCCGCGCGGGCGGGAGUGGGAGGAGGAGGGAGCCGGAGACGGGCAGAGCGAGGUGAAGGGCGCGUUUGGGUUUGAUAAUCGCAAGUCGCGCGAGGUGCUGGGGUUGACGUACCGCACGUUUCGGGAGAGCGUGGUGGACACGGUGCAGAGCGUGCUGCCGCUGUUAGACUAG